CCAAAUACCCCGCCUAGUAAUAUCCGAGAAAUGAAGCAUUUUCAUUGGGAGGUACCGGGUAUUUUCCAUCUUGAAAAGACGCGGGUUUCAAACUUUUUUUUGACGUAGUGUUUACGCGUUACAACUUCUUCCUCGUUUUUUUUUUUUUUUUUUUUAAAAAAAAAAAAACCGUUUGAUGAACCCCUUGCUACUAGAGAACAGUCUUUUGACAACGUGGCGAGAGAGACGGUGAACCUUCUUAACCCCUUCCUAGUUGACGAGAAUCUUUUUUAAACCUGUGGAAAAUUGUUCAUUUCGUUAAUAACUUUAUAGUGUGCACACACACACACACACAUAUAUAUAUAGUAUAUAUAUCGAUGUGUUGGACAGGUCUUAAUUUUCUUAACCAGGAAGCUAAUCGAAAAUGGCGGAGAUGGCAUGUCAUCUUUUGGAACAUGAUGAAGAAAACAAGCUCAACAAUUUCAUCAAACACAUGCCGACUGCAGUGUCUGUCCGGCGCCGGACGCCGAAAAACCCAUUGUGGGCAUUUGGGUGUGACCCGACGACUCUCUCUCCUUGUAGUGGUGGUAUUACGGAUUUGGUAACUCACAUCCCCACCACCAAUCAAUGGAUCAUUACAGAGAAGAUCAAAUACGCGCUUCUACACUACUUCCAUGAUACUAAUCUGAAAUUUCUGGAUCAUGUUCUAAUUCAGUUUUGGGCACCCAUCACAACAGAAGCAGGGUGUUUGCUUGUAACUUCGGACCAACCUUUUGGUCUUACUCAUCUUGAUGAAGGACUACUCGAGUAUAGGAAGCAUUGUUUGAAAUAUAAGUUGAAUGUGGAUGGGGAACAACACCUUGGAAUCUCUGGACGUGUAUUCCGGCAAAAAUUGCACGAGUGUAUUCCAAAUGUGCGGUAUUACUCUAGCGAAGAGUACCCACAGCUCAAUCUUGCUCUAACUUGCAAUAUAUUGGCUUCUUUUGCUUUCCCAGUAUUUCAAACCUCUUCCCAGAACUGUGUUGGAGUACUUGAGUUUGUAACUAAUACACAUUUCAGAACCUUAAACACUAUGUGUUAUUCGUUUUUGCAGCUUCUGCUCAAGCAUGCAGAUUUGAAAAGUUCUCUGUGUCGUUGUUUAAUUUCUAGGAUUUCCUAUGAAGGUUACGGAGAUACACUGAAUGAAAUAUGCGAAGGGUUGAAAGUGGUGUGCAGAACUCACAGGUUACCUUUGGCUCAGAUGUGGGUUCCGUGCAGGCAUGAUAUGGGACAAGGCUUGCACCUUCAAAGGUCAGCAUCCUAUGUUCGAGAUGACGAUAAUCUUCUGGCAGGAUUCUUAUGGUGUAGUAUGCGAAAUGACUUCCGAAAGGGGCAGGGGGUUGUUGGGAGGGCAUAUUUGUCACGUAAAUCAUGCUUCUGCAGAGAUAUAACUCGACUCAGCCUAACUGAAUACCCCUUACGACCCGGUGCACGCCAUUUUGGUUUAACCGGCUGUUUCGCAAUUUGCUUGCAGAGUAUUUACACAGGAAAAGUUGAUUUCAUUCUAGAGUUCUUUCUGAAUACUGAAAACACAUAUGGUGAAGACCCAAGUUUCUUCUUGUUCUCGUUAUUAGAAACAAUGAAGCAAAAUUUCCAAAGCUGUAAGCUAGCUUCUGGAGAGGAACUCGGGAAGGAAUUAUUCAUUGAAUUUAUUAAACCUCGCAUGAAUCAGGUCCCUGCUUCUUUUCAUUGCCAAAGUACUAGAUCUCCAUAUGAGCCUGGGGUAUUCAAUAAUGGUCAAGAGACACAACCACAUUCAUCACAUCAACAACUAAUAGUUGAAGUUGAUGAUAUCAACUAUGGAAGGAAUGUUGUUAAUGCAGAAGGAAAUAACAAUCAUGUUUCUUGUUCAGAUAUGGCAGGUUCUUGGUCCGAUAAAGUUGGAGUUAUUGAACUUGGCAUCCAUCAGGAACCUGGUUCUUUUCCACAUUCAUCAAAUGAGCAACUAAUAGUUAAGGUUGAUGAUGUAAACAAUGGAAGGAAUGUUGUUAAUGCAGAAGGAAACACAACUUCCGUUUCUAUUUUUGAUGAGGCAGAUUCUUGGUCAGAUGAAGUUGAAAUUAUUGAACCUGGUAUGCAUCAGGAACUUGGUUCUUUUCCACAUUCAUCAAAUCAAGUUGAAGUUGAUGAUAUAAACAAUGGAAGGAAUGUUGUUUAUGUAGAGCAAAAUAACAUUCCUUUUUCUUGUUCAGUUGAGGCUCGCAUGAAUCAGGAACCUACUUCUCAACGCCAAAGUACUGGAUCUCCACCUGGGCCUGAUAAUGGACGAGAGACGAUGCAGCCACAUUCAUCAAAUCAGCAAGCAAGAGUUGAAGUUGAUGAUAUCAACUAUGGAAGGAAUGUUGUUAAUGCAGAAGGAAAUACCACUCAUGUUUCUCGUUCAGACGAGGCAGGUUCUUGGUUUUAUGAAGUUGGAGUUAUUGAACUUGGCAUGCAUCAGGAACCUGGUUCUUUUCCGCAUUCAUCAAAUGAGCAACUAAUAGUUAAUGUUGAUGAUAGAAACAAUGGAAGGAAUGUUGUUAAUGCAGAAGGAAAUAACACUCCGGUUUCUUUUUUUGAUGAGGAGGCGGAUUCUUGGUCAGAUGAAGUUGAAAUUAUUGAAUCUGGUAUGCCUCAGGAACUUGGUUCUUUUCCACAUUCAUCAAAUGAAGUUGAAGUUGAUGAUAUAAAUAAUCGAAGGAAUGAUGUUUAUGUAGAGCAAAAUAACAUUCCUUGUUCUUGUUCAAUUGAGGGUCUUAUGAAUCAGGAACCUACUUCUCAAUGCCAAAGUACUGGAUCUCCACCCGGGCAUGAUAAUGGACGAGAGACGAUGCAGACACAUUCAUCAAAUCAGCAAUUAAGACGUGAAGUUGAUGAUAGAAACAAUGGAGGGGAUGUUGUCAUUGGAGAUCAAAAUCACAUUCCUCUUUCUUGUUCAGAGGAUCACAUGAAUAAGGAACCUGUUUCUCAAUGCCAAAGUACUAGAUCUCCGCUUGAAACUGGAGUCUUACAUAAUGGACAAGAGACGAUGCAGCCACAUUUAGAGGAGGUGGAUGCCUUUACCGAUAAGGACAUCGGAAAAUUUUUUGGAAAGAAACUUGAAGAUGUCCCACAAAAGUUUGAUGUGAGCAAAUCUACAUUUAAGCGUCCAUCUAGAAAGAAUGGAAUCUCCAGAGGGCCACCGGUGAAGAGAAAUAAGGUCAGCGGUUCUUCCCCUUCCUCUAGACGAGACCCUCCAUGUUCGAAAUUUGUUGCCAGUGCUGCUCACAUUACUCCACUUGUAACAACACCAUCAGAAGUAAGGGACAUAAUUAUAAAGGCAACAUAUGGAAAAGAUUUUAUAAAAUUUCUACUACCUUUUUCAUCAACACUGGUGGAGUUGAAAGAGAGUGUCUCCAAAAGGUUGAAGUUAAAUGUUGAAAGUUUUAAGAUCAAAUAUACUGAUGAUGAAGGUGAUCAGGUUUUAAUAGCCUGCGAGAAGGACUUGCAGGAUUGUACGAGUGCUUUCAAUUCGUUGGGCAUGGAUACAAUCGAAAUGUUCGUUGAGCCAAUUACCACAAUAUUACCUUCAACCUAACUAAAUAUGCUUAAAUAUCUGCAAUUUCCAUGGAAUUCCCCUCUUAACAUAGUCCACCUUCUCCAAGCCUUCUCAUGGUGAGGCCACUGUUGCAACUGUUCUUGGCCAUAGUGGUGCCUAUCUCAACCAUCUCCGGUGACACCAGAGCGUCCUCAACUGUCUCAGGCAAUAAUUCUACAGCCGUAACCCUAACAAGAUCUCCGGCGAGAUGACUUCUUAUAUCAUAUUCUCUAUAAAAUUCAAAAUGGAUCUUAAUG